AUGUGGUUCCUACGCAGCACGCUCGUAGCAGCAUCUCUUGCUUCUCUCGCUUUCACCGCGCCGAUGAUCGAUCCCGAGGACCUUCCUCGCCAGCCAUCUACUGUGUCGGCCCGAGCAUGGGACGCUGGUGGAACGAUGGAAUACGACAUCCAGUUCUGCAAUAACAGCGAGACGGCUCUGCUCGGCGAAGCGCUCGACGACAUGUCGAUAUUGGCCACGCACGCCAAAGACCACAUCCUGCGGUUCGGCCACAGCUCGGACUUUUACAUCAAAUACUUUGGCAAUGCCAGCACAGGGGAGCCGGCCGGCUGGUUCGACAAGAUUGUCAAUGGCGACAAGACGGGAGUUCUGUUCAGGUGUGAUGAUCCGGACAAUAACUGCCGUCUGGAGGGCUGGGGUGGCCACUGGCGAGGCGAGAACGGCAGCGACGAGACCGUAAUCUGCGAGUACUCCUUCACGAACAGAUGGCCGCUUGCUGGUCUUUGUGGCUACGGCUACACCGUCGCUGGUAGCGAAAACACAGCAUACUUCGCCUCGGACCUUAUACACCGCGUCUACCACACUGAUAAGCUCGGAGAGGGCGUCGUCGGCCAUUACGCUGACACCUACGACGAAUGCCUGGAGCUCGCCAUGGAUUCGCCAGAAGAGGCUGUGCGGAAUAGCGCCACCCUACGGUACUUUGCUCUGGACGUGUACGCUUACGACAUCGCGGCGCCCGGGCAAGGGUGCACCGGUGAAGCUGCCGCUGCGGAGGCAGAAGACCAUGGUCAUGACCACGACAGUCACGAUAUGAGCAGCUCGAGCUCCGUGCCAGCAUCAUCGUCCUCGACCGCCAUGUCGUCGAGUACAGCGUUGGCUGUCUCUACUACAGAGUCUACGGGCAUGAGUAUGACUGCCUCUGCGGCUUCUGAGUGUCACACGCAUUCGGAUGGGGAGGUACACUGCGCUUGA